UUACUGUGCCGAACAUCAAGGUACGCAUGCUCUGUUGGUUGAGGAGGAGUGACUUAGCGGUAACUCUGUGGUUUAUGUGCCAGGUGAUUCGUGCACGAGCAAGGGCAAUUGAGCUUGAAAGACGCAUGGCUGUGGUUGCCUCUGGCGGAGAUCUAACUGUGUCGGAGCAGGUACAUCAGUAUGAGUCAACAAUGGAAAGGGAACAGAGCAAGAUUCGCAAAGCAACUUUGGCACGUGCCCGCAUGAGGCGUGCUAUGAGCUGCAGGGAGAGGAAUUUGAGUGGCAGUGAGGCUGGGAGCUUGUGGAGUGACCACCACCUGUCUGCUGCUGGAGAAGGGCUCACUGCCACUGCUCCUGGGCUUGCGGGUCCGGAUUCCCGCAGGACGAGUUGUGGCAGCAGUGCCUGGGGGAUUCCCGAGGGUUUCAAAGACAUUGGUAGAUCACAGAGCCAGGUGAAGGGAGGGAUUGGGGGGGGAAGAGGAUUGAGAUUCGCUGGGGAGGCCGCAAGUGGUGGGUGGAGCUCUAGUUCUGGCAGGGAGCUGAUACGAUCAUCUCUAACAGGAAGCAUAGGGAGAAAGUUAAGCCCUGUUUUUAGGGGACGAGCACAAAAUGAGAAAUGUCUUGAAAUGCUGCAGAGGAGCACCAGCUCGGGAGUUCGGGGUUCAUGUUCAAGCAUUGGAGGUGAUUUGGAGAGUUCCUCUGCGAGUCCUGCCAGGCCAUGGAGCAUGAGCCCUGCCCACUUCUCCCUGCCAGGGGGUGCAGUUUUGACAAGGAAAGUGAGGGGAAAGGGACGGGGCAGGAAGAAGCGGAACCGAUCAGGAGAUAAGGGCAAGGACAAGGAGAACAUGGAGCGAGCAGAAAUAAUUCUACAGGAUAUGGUGGUGGCCGUUGAGGAAAUGGAAAGAGGGGGAAAGCAAGUAGCAGCAGUGAGGCGUACACUUGCAACUUCAACAGCAUCUGAUCGGAAAACUGAGACGAACAACUUGCUUCAACAACAUCAACAACAUAACGAAGGGCAGAGGACACUAAGUUGGAGGCAGGAUGUGGAAAGGGACUCAGAAAAGAGAUUGCAGUCGGAGGGAACUGCUGGAAAGGACCUUGAGGCGAGGAAGGCCGCAAAAUUUCAGCAGGAGAUGGAGUGUGUGCUGAAGCAACGCUUAGAAGCGAGGAACCAAGGAAACCCAAACCACAAGGGUUGCUCUUCACAGAGAGAGGAGGACACUUCUCUUAUGAGGAACCAGAAGAAGGUAUCUUAUGGAACAGGGAAUGGAGUAGCAGAAGAGCCAUCACGAUUCGUCCUUGCACAGCACAAAACGCAGCCCCAGUGGGCUGAAGAGAGGAAGCGGGAGGUGGAGAGGGUGCUGAAGAAGCGUUUGGAAGCCAGGAAGUUGGAAGAAACAGGAGAGCAUGGGUCGAAAACUGGGGGGGAAUAUGGAGUGAAGCCUCUGCCGGGAAGAUUUGCAUGUGAAGUCAGCAUUGAGAAACAUGCUGAUGAAACAGCGAAGUCAGGACACGUGGCCGCAAAAUCCAGUUCUGUUCAGCAGAAACUGCAUCUGCAGUGGGCUGAUGAGAGGAAGCAGGAGGUAGAAAAUGCGUCCAAACAACACAGUAAGGCCAAGGAUGCGGAGAAAAUAACAGGUAACACCCAGAGAGCCCAUCCCGAGGGCAGAGCAAAGCCCGUAGCUGGAAAGACAGAGGACAAAAAAGUGGUAAGGGCAUGUCUGGAAGCAGACAGGUGUGUUGCUGCAGCGGAAGGGAAACUCAACAUCGAGAGGGAUAUGGAUGAGAAAUGCACAAAGGCAAAGAUGGGAUUCUCAAGCAAGAGAGUAAACGUGAUUGAUGGGCCACAUCAGCCUGUGGAAGGGCAGGAGGAUGAGAGAAAGAGGGAAACCGUUAGGGGAACUAGCGAGCUCUGGGAUCGGCCUGCUGUUCAUUUAAAAGAGCAAGUGUCUGAGAGGAGAAAAAAACAUGAGAGUAGCGAAGACCAAGCAGCGAAAUGCAUGCAGUGGGAUAUUCAUCAGACCAUUGAGGUCAGAAGGCAGUUGCAAAGAGCAGAAGAAGAGCCGCAAAGGAGAGAUGUUGAGGGGAGCCAUGACCAUCAAGGAGCAAAGUACAUGCAGCUGUGUCUUCGUCAGGCCAUCGAGUUCGAAAGGCGAAUGCAGAAGGUCAAGAAAGAGAAGCAGGAGGCAGAGGAAAAGGAGGAAAAACAACGUGAGGCACAGAGGGCAGCAGAGCUGCGACAUCUGGCUGAGAAGGCUGCCAUGUUGUGUGCUGCAAAGACUCCGGAGAGGAGUGAUGGACUCGUUUUGGGUAAGGGAUGGAGCAAAACCUCACAUCAAACUGAGUCAUGGAGACAGGAGGUGGCAGCAGAGCAGUGGAAAGGUGGUGCCAAUCUCAUGGCUGCGGAGCGAGAAGCUGAUGUGAGACGGGAGAGCAUGCGAGCCGCCGAGCGUCAACGGGAAGCAGAGCGAGUUGCAGGUUUUCGAAGACAGGCACAGUGGUUUCAGGAUAAAAUGGACAACUGCAAAAGACUGGAUCUGGAGAAACGAGACUUGGAAAAAGAAGCUAUCGCUCAAGCACAAGCAGAGAGGGCAGCAGAGGUGCGCCGGCGUGCUGAGAGGGCUGAGGAACUCCGACGCCUAGCAGAGAAAGCAGAAGAGGAAUGGCGAGAGGCAGAGAGGCUUGAUGAGAUCAGGAGAAAGGAAGAGAUGAAGGGCCUGACUCGGGGGAUGGAGACAGCUGACGAAAAGCAGGAACGUGGUGAAGAAAGGGCCAAGGACUUGCAGGAGAUGGAGCAAGCUCGAAACAGUAGAAAAGAAGCUGCAAGAGUUGCAGAGUUGCAUCGUCAGGCUCAGCAAAUGGAAAAGAGAAGAUGGGAAGCCAAGCGGAUUGCCAAUCUUCGUGGAGAAGCAGAUUGGGCUGCUCAGGAACGCAGAGAGGCAGAACGAGCAGAGGAGUUACAGCGUCAGUCGUAUCGGAUGUUGGAGGUCCAGAAUGAAGCCAAAAGAGCUGCUGAGCUGCAAAAGCAGCAUGAACAAGUUAUGGUCGAUAGGAGGAAGUCAGGCAGAGCUGUCAUGGAGCAGCACGAAAUUCAGGCUCAUUUGCGGCUGCGCAAGAUAAUCAAGGACAGUGUAUGUCAGGGUGGGACAGACGCAUUAGGCCAAGUGGGCCAAGGAGAGUCACUCCAAGCCAACGUGGUCAGACUCAAGGAGGAGCAGGAUGAGGACGAGGGUGAGGAGCAACAGCAGCAGCAGGGCGAGGAGGAGGAGGAGGAGGAGGAGGAGGAGGAAGAGGAGGAGGAGGAGGAGGAGGAGGAGGAGAAGGAUGAGGAGGAGGAGGAAGAGAAUGUUGAGGUGGAAGUUGUUGGUGAAGGAUGGGGCGCUUGCUUCCUCCGACGAAACAGAUUUGGGUCUUGGUUGGACUCUGAGCUGGGGGAGAGAUUGGCAGGGGUGGAUUUUCAUCACAUUGACCUUGCUUCAUUGUUGAAGGAGAUGUUACACCUGGUGGAAGAGCUGACAGAAACACAGCGUGCAUGGAGGAGAGGCAUGUUGGAGGCACGCCAUGAAUGGUUGAUGAAGUGGGGCACAAAGGAGGGGAUUGAGGCGUGGUUGAGAGAAUCUCAGACACUGAAGGGAGUUUUCAUCAAGGGUUCACGUCUGGUGAGAGAGGAUCGUGGGAGGUGAUGAAAGACAACCAGAACCCAACGCAUAG